UGGUACCAAAAUAAAAAAUAAACGGAUUCACGGGGUGCUUACGUUAUACAUAUGAAAUAUGUCUGUGGAUAAAAAAAAAAACAGUCUUUGAUUAUUCUCAUUCUUUAGUAUUGUGUUCUAAGUUGGUACUAAAGAAAAGUGAUGGCAAUAGACCAAGCUAAUUUGUUACUUAAACGGCAACUCCAAGAGUUGAAUAAAAGACCUGUAGAAGGCUUCUCUGCUGGUCUAGUUGAUGAUGAAAAUCUUUUAUUGUGGGAGGUAAUGGUCAUGGGGCCUCCAGAUUCAUUCUAUGAAGGUGGAUUCUUCAAAGCACAUCUCAUAUUUCCCAAAGAAUAUCCCCAAAAGCCUCCUAAGAUGAAAUUUAUUAGUGAAUUCUGGCAUCCUAACGUUGCAAAAGAUGGUGAUGUCUGUAUUUCAAUCUUGCACGAGCCAGGCGAAGAUAAGUUUGGUUAUGAGAGACCUGAGGAGCGUUGGUUACCUAUUCAUACUGUCGAAACAAUUCUUUUAUCUGUAAUAUCAAUGAUAAAUGAACCUAACGAUGAAUCACCCGCAAACGUUGACGCAGCUAAGGAAUGGCGCGACCACUAUGAAACGGCAUUUAAAAAAAAUGUAAGGAGGUGCGUUAGAAAAAGUCAAGAGUUUUUAUGAUUUUUUGAGUUAGUAAUGUAUGAUAAUUUAUACCGUAUGUACAAAAGUAUAUUGUAAAUGAAAAAAAAAAAUUGUGUAUUUGCAUUUUA